UCGGGAUCAGUGUGUGGGAGGGACUAAGGGAAAGCUCCCCUCAGAGCAGCCUGCCGCCACAGCAUCGUGCAGGAACUAAAUACAUUCAAAGCAUUUUCUCUGAUGAGGCUUUUGUUUUUAUUUUUCAUUUUAUAUCUGCACCCGUUUGGUGAUCUCAUCGGCUUUAAUGCUGCUGAAGAGGACCGACUCGAGCGGGAUGCUGACGUAGCGCGGGAUGCUAUGGAGUGACAACAACGUGGGAGGAAGGCACAGAGUGAACCAGCGGAUGGUGAGACACGAAUGGCUUCUCCAGAGCUGCUUCCCGUUGAUGAGGAAGCCAAACAGCCCGAUUCUUCCGAUGUCCUUGACCGGGUUUCCACCGUGCUGCAUGUCCGCAAGUCGGCUGGAUCAACAGGAGGAGCGCUCCCGGGGGAGGGCGGCUGUAACCCAGUCCGCAGCAGCCAUAACUGCUGUCUUUCAGCACCAAGGACAGCGCCGCGCAAGGCGGGCGCGGAGGUGAAACUCUGCCACCUCACCGAGGAAAAAGUCAGAGUUUGUUGCGAUGAGGAAUUAGAGACAUCUUUCACCUUUAUCGAUGAGAAUGUGAACCUGCGAUUAGCCAGUCCGGAGACUAGUUGCAAAAGUACUCAAAGGCCUGUGCGCAACGGUGAGCCCUGCUCCGAGACUUUACCGGAACUUUCCUUCAUGUCCGACGAUGAUCUCUCUUUUGGCGACGGCUCCGGGAAUUCUAUAGACUACGGGUUUAUCAGUGCGGUCACGUUCCUCGUCACUGGGAUCUCCUUGGUGAUCAUCUCCUACGCCGUGCCUCGGGAUGUGGUGGUGGACCGUGACAGCGUGUCGGCGAGGGAGAUGGAGAAGCUGGAGAUGGAGAGCGCUCGGAUAGGUGCUCACUUGGAUCGCUGCGUGAUAGCGGGACUCUGCUUGCUCACACUGGGCGGCGUGGUGCUCUCCACCCUGCUGAUGAUCUCCAUGUGGAAAGGGGAGAUGUACAGGAGGAAGGUCAUUGCUUACUCCAAGCGGUCAGCUAAACUGUACGGUUCCAUUAGUCUAAAAACUAGAUCCAGUCCCAGCCAUUCGUCUGCGCACUUGUCCAUAGAAGAGGAAAUGGAGGAAACUUUGACUUAAGUUGACUUAAGCUGCUGCUUUGCAUAUACAAUAUGUAUAACGGGAGAUUAACACCACCCACUUAAAAUAUUUACAUGUAAUUAACUCAAAAAGUAAAUUUGCAUAAUUUUUGUUUUCCUCUAUCAAAUUUCAUGA